UCCACGCUAAUGGCUUUGUGCUCUCGCGCGAAGUUCUCGCGUUGAAAAGCAACAGAGCGCGAGCUCGGGCGCAGAUCAACUGUUUUAUUUUCUUUCUUUCUUUCUUUUUUUUCCGUGGCGCAAAAUAAUUUCCGAGUCCUGCUCUGGCUGUAAUCUGGACAGAAAUAUAAGCAACGGCACUUCUGUACUGUGUGUGUGAGUGUGUGUGUGUGUGAGAGAGAGUGCUGGAGGAUGGAGAGUGAGAUCAGGAUGAUGCCCUCGGGAUGCAUCCGGCUGCUCUGCAUCUUCAGCAUCAGCAUCAGCACCAGCGCUCGCGCUGCAUCUCCAUCCACCCAGAAAUGUGAUGAAGCACUGGCCACACCCCUUUCCCAUAGUGCCUUUAGCAGCUCGUCAGUGUUCACAAGCGGCUAUGGUCCUGAAUACGCCAAACUAAACAGGAGAGGAGGUGCUGGAGGCUGGUCUCCUCUCGACACCGAUCAUUACCCGUGGCUGCAGGUGGAUCUGGGCAGCAGGAAGCAGGUGACUGCUGUUGCCACUCAGGGUCGAUACAGCAGCUCAGACUGGACCACACGCUACAGACUGCUCUACAGUGACACGGGCAGGAACUGGAAACCCUACCAUCAGGAUGGAAACAUCUGGGCAUUUACAGGAAACUCCAACACGGAGAGCGUGGUGCGUUACGACCUUCAGCACAUUAUUGUGGCCCGAUUUGUACGCUUCAUCCCGCUGGACUGGAGCGAAGAAGGUCGGAUUGGCCUGAGGAUCGAGAUAUAUGGCUGCUUGUACUGGGCCGACGUGAUUAACUUCGACGGCCAGGGCGUGAUCUCGUACCGCUUCAAAAUGAAGAAGAUGAAGAUCCUGAAGGAUGUGAUAGCGCUGAAGUUUAAGACGGGGGAGAGCGAUGGGGUGAUCCUGCAUAGCGAAGGUCAGCAGGGUGAUUACAUCACGCUGGAGCUGAGACGAGGAAGACUGCUGCUCCAGAUAAACCUGGGCAGCAACCAGUACGGCUCCAUCCUGGGCCACACGUCGGUGAGCAGCGGCAGCUUGCUGGAUGAUCAUCACUGGCACUCGGUGGUGAUCGAGCGCCACAGGAGAAACGUCAACUUCACUCUCGAUCAGCACACACAGCACUUUCGCACCAAUGGAGAAUUCGACCAUCUUGAUCUCGACUAUGAGUUGAGUUUUGGAGGGAUGCCGUACUCGGGCAAACUCGUCUCAGGAGGCAGGAGGAAUUUCAAAGGCUGCAUGGAGAGCAUCAACUAUAAUGGAGAAAACAUCACCGACCUGGCCAGGAGAAAAAAAGUGGACACGUCCAGCUUUCGUAAUUUGACAUUCUCCUGUGUGGCAUCUCACACCUUCCCGGUUUCCUUCAACGGCACAAGUUUCCUGCAGCUGCCUGGGAGAAGGGAGCACAACAUGGUGUCUGUGAGUUUCCAGUUUCGGACGUGGAAUGCGAACGGCCUCCUCCUGUUCAGCGCGCUGGCUGACGGCAUGCUCGAGCUCACGCUAAAAGACGGCAGAGUCACGGCACACGUCAGCAUCACGCAGCAGAAGAACUUGGGCGUAGACAUGGUGUCAGGUUCAGGUUUGAAUGAUGGAGAAUGGCAUGACGUUCACUUAAUGGCUAAAGAAAACUUUGCCAUGCUAACUAUCGACAGAGACGAAGCCUCCGCCGUGAAGACGAACACGCCCAUUCAGAUCACAACUGGAGGAACGUACCACUUUGGCGGUUAUUUCCUGCAGACUCAGGCGUCUCCGUCACAGCGCUUUUUUCAGGGCUGCAUGCAGCUCAUCCAAGUGGACGAUCAGCUUGCUGACCUGGCAGCUAUGGAGCAGGGGAUGCUGGGAGCCUUUGAGAAUGUCAGCUUGGACACAUGUGCCAUAAUAGACAGAUGCUUGCCCAAUCACUGUGAGCAUGGAGGAAGGUGCACGCAGGCCUGGGACAGUUUCAGCUGCUCCUGUGACGGGACUGGAUACACCGGAGCCACCUGUCACACGUCUAUCUAUGAGCAGUCGUGUGAGGCUUAUAAGCACCUUGGGAAGUCUUCAGAUGUCUACUGGAUCGAUCCCGAUGGCAGUGGACCUUUAGGGCCGUUCAGAGUCAUUUGUAAAAUGACAGAGGACAAGGUUUGGACGACGGUGCUGAACAACCUGCCGGCUCAGACAGCUGUAACGGGUUCGAGCAGAGAGAGACGAACCAUCCUGCAGCUGAACUACAGCGCGACAAUAGAGCAGAUCAGUGCCAUUACCGACGCCGCAGAUCACUGUGAGCAGCACAUCACCUAUACGUGCCGCUCAUCACGCCUACUCAACACUCCAGACGGGACUCCGUACACAUGGUGGGUUGGCAGAGGGAAUGAGAAACACUUCUAUUGGGGCGGCUCUGCGCCGGGGGUCCAGAAAUGUUCCUGUGGCAUCGAGCACAACUGCAUUGACCCCAAACACCACUGCAACUGUGAUGCAGAUCAGAAACACUGGAGAGAGGAUUCAGGGCUUUUGGUCUAUAAGGAUCACUUACCCGUGAGCGAGGUAGCUGUAGGCGACACAAAUCGACCUGGAUCAGAGGCUAAGGUCACGGUGGGACCUCUGCACUGUCAUGGAGACCGUGGUUACUGGAACGCCGCUUCCUUUAACACUCCCUCCUCCUACCUACACUUCUCCACUUUCCAUGCUGAAACGAGUGCUGAUAUCUCCUUUUACUUCAAGACCUCUGCACCUCACGGGGUUUUCCUGGAGAACCUCGGCAAUACAGACUUCAUCCGGCUGGAACUGAAAUCACCCAACGUCGUUACCUUCUCUUUUGAUGUUGGGAACGGGCCGGUGGAGCUGAACGUUCAGUCACCGACACCUCUGAACGACGAUCAGUGGCAUCGAGUCAGUGCCGAGAGAAACGUCAAAGAGGCUGUGCUUCAGCUGGAUCAGCACUACAGACAGGUUCGAGCUGCACCUGCACAGGGACACACACGCCUGGAGCUCUACAGCCAGCUGUAUGUGGGUGCAGCCGGAGGACAGAGAGGUUUCCUUGGAUGCAUCCGCUCCCUGAAGAUGAACGGUGUGACCCUAGACCUGGAAGAAAGAGCAAAGGUCACUCCCGGAGUUAAACCCGGAUGUUCGGGCCACUGCACCAGUUUUGGGAUGUACUGCCGCAACGGAGGGAAAUGUGUGGAGAAAUACAACGGCUACUCGUGUGACUGCAGCAACACGGCUUAUGAUGGACCCUUCUGCACUAAAGAUGUAGGAGCUUUCUUCGAGGCAGGAACACUUGUUCGGUAUAACCUGGUCCCGGAAGCGAGUUCCUCUUUGUCGAGCAUGGAUGGCAAGGAUUUGAGCCAGACAGUGCCCACAGAUAUGAACCUGACUCGGGAGGUUGUGACCUUCAGCUUCAGCACGUCCAGCACUCCCAGCAUCCUCCUGUACAUCAGCUCGAGGAGCCAGGAUUACAUGGCUGUAGUGUUGCACCGAAAUGGUUCUCUUCAGCUGCGUUAUAACCUCGGGGGUCUGCUACAGCCCUUCUCUGUCGACCUGGACCAGCGUAAUUUGGCCAACGGUCAGCCCCACAGCGUCAACAUCACGAGAAUAGAACAUGAAAUCCAUGUACAGCUGGAUCACUAUCCUUUGGUCAGCUAUACUCUGCCCGAAGCAUCAGACACUGAGUUCAACUUGGUCAAAACCCUGUUCUUAGGAAAAGUUUUUGAAACUGGUCCUAUCGAUCCAGUGCUAACUGAGAAAUAUAACACUCCCGGCUUCGUAGGCUGUCUGUCCCGAGUACAGUUUAACAGCAUCGCUCCUUUGAAAGAGGCUCUUCGUUCACGGUUCGCUGCUUACGUCUCGCACCAGGGCAAACUGAUUGAGUCCAACUGUGGUGCGUCCCCUCUGACCGUGUCCCCGAUGUCCACCAACACUGACCCCUGGCACCUGAAUGCAGGUGCUGAUUUCCCAUUUAAUGAGGAGAGAGUCGUACCGGACGGGGUGAACAGGAAUUCAGCAGUAAUUGGAGGCAUCAUUGCCGUGGUGAUCUUUACCAUCCUGUGCACCCUGGUGUUCCUGAUUCGCUACAUGUUCCGGCACAAGGGAACGUACCACACCAACGAGUCUAAAGGGGAAGAACGAUUCGAGUCAGCCGAUACAGCCAUCAUCAGUGCAGAGCCAACGUUCACAGAGACCGUUGAAGAAAACAAGAAGGAGUGGUUCAUCUAAAUCAUCUGUGAUGACGGCUGUACAAAGUGUUUGCGACUCUCACUGAGGUUUUGAAAGUGGAAGACCUCCAUUACAACAUUUUUUUUUGUCCGUUUCAUUCUUUCUUUCCUUGUUCCCUUCCUUUUCCUGUGUGUUUCUUUGUUCCUCUUUAUCUUUCUAUCUCCAUCUGCUGGUGAAUCAUCAAGGCAGUUUCAGUGAAUGCUUUGAGGGUUUGAGGUUCUCUUCAUUUAUGGCUCCUCGUGAAGCUAUUUGGUCAUAAAGGAGCAGAAGGAUGUGAAUGAGAACAAAGACUAAAGUUACUUGGUGGACUCAGGCCUGGCUUUCUGCUGCUCCUGUGCUUAAGAGGAGAAGAUAAAUACCAAGUCAAGGAUGGAUGAGGGUGUAAAAGAAUCUCCUCUGUGCUGGAAGUGCAGACCCUAUAAGUCUCCUGAGUUCGUCCUGGACUGGAGGAGACCAUGACAUAAGUCAGGGAUUUUAACAUCAGAGACCUUGCAUGUAUCACUGGUGCCUGAGUCCUUUGUAGAUCUGGAACCUUUGAGGUCAUACUUAUCUAUGGGACAAUCUAGAAACACAGUUUCUUCAAGUAAAAAAAAAAAUAAAAAAACACAUUUAUUUAUGAUGGCGAGAUGAUGACCUUCACUUCACUGUGAAGUCAUCAUGGUGUAACCCAGACUGCUUUGAGUGUUUUGUCCCAGCACUCGUCCCCGGAGUGCUGUUUCAUGAAAAAUGCUGUGCAUUUGAUAAAUACAAAUUCUUUACAAUAUGGUUCUUUUGUGUUCUUUUGUAAUCGGCAUGUAAAAUGCUAUAAUGGUACAGGUAUGCAAUGGUAUGAUGAUGUAAUCUAUGUCUAUAAUAAUUGUAAUUUGUACACAAAUUGUAGACAAACUCUGCUUUUAAUUUAAAUAAACUCACAAUCAAGACUUACUGCUAAACAAAGUAAAUGGCUCCAGAUCAACUCAUGGACCAGAAAUAACACUUAGAAGAGACUACUGUAUGUAUAUGGAGAACACUCUCAGAAGAAAAGUGGGCUAAAUUGUCAGUACAGUUGUCAGAAUGUUAGAUUGAACAGAAAACGUCUUAUACCUUAUUUAAAACUUUAUAAAUUUACAACACAAUAUUUUAACUUCUGUUAAAAUAUGAAUUAUCUUUUAUUAAUUGUGUAAUCCGCGUCACACUGAGCCACGUUUCCACUACACCCAGAAAAAUGGGGUGAAGGCAAUGAGAACUUGUACAACUAACAGUAGCAGGAACUCAGUAAAAACCGGUCAGGAUGCAGUAAUGUCUCCCAUGAUGCAGAUGGGUAUGAUCAGAUGGUAUUCUGAUUGAGCAGCCAGUAGGAUGUGCGUUGUUGCUACAUCAUUGUAGACCUUACAACGACCUCUUCAGGCUUGUGCUAUGACCAUGGUAGGUCCAUGUCACAUUGUAAAAAAGCACAUUGAGUUCAUAUAAUGUUUCUCUGGUGCUUACAACAUUUAUGGUUCACAUGCAGAAGGAGGUUAGAAAAUCUAUGUCCUGUUUAGAAAAUUCAGUAUAAAUACUGGAUCCAAUUCCACACACAAUCACUCCGUGGAUGAAAAGCUCAGUACGUGUCGCAAGGACGUCCUACAGUAGUAAGGGCAUGGUAAGCAACGCGAAGAGCGUGAUUGGAUGUAGUCAGUUCAGAACUCGGUUCAGUCUUGUUGGCGAGUGUGUUAAAUAAAAUUAAGGACAACAUGAUAACC